AUGCGCUCCUCGACCUUUGCCGCCCUCGCCCUCGCCUUCGCCAUCGCCGUCUCCGCCGCGCCGAGCCAGUCCAACUCGCAGUGCUCCACCAGCUCCCUCCGCUGCUGCAACUCGGUCGAGUCGGCCCGCUCCGACCGCGUCUCCUCCAUCCUCGACGCCCUCAAGCUCAACCUCGACGCCGCCGAUAAUGUCGGCCUCGCCUGCGACCCCAUCAACCCCGUCACCGUCGGCGGCGGUAUCAGCUGCAACGCGAUGCCCGUGUGCUGCAACGGCAACCACUACGGCGGCUUCAGCGUCGGCUGCUCGCCCAUACCCAUCAUCCUCUAG